UCCUUCUUUAAGCAAAUAUAUCUGGCAAUGAAAAAGCGACUAAACAUUUUUCGCGGGUGCAUUGCGGUUGGUUGUUUUUAGUAAAGACGUUUAGCUAUAAAUUAUGUAUGUUUAUUAGCCCUUUUUUUUAAUAGUAGUCUAAAAUUAAAUCGGUAAAAAGGAUCCAUUGCUGUUGAAAGCUUUUACUAUGGCAGAUGCGCAAUCACAGAAGAAAAAUAAGAAAAAAAAGAAGCCAUCAACAGAUAAAAAACUUCAUUCAGAGGCUCCUGUCUGUGCAGAUAAUAGCAAAACUGUAGAAAGCAGUAAGUGUAUCAUUAAUGAAAUACUACCCCAGAAAGUUGGAAUGACGACUGUUUUCAAAGAUGUGGAAGUUACAAUGACACAGUGUGAGGUUAAGAAUGAUGUUCCUAAUAGCACUGUUUCAAAGAAGAAAAAGAAAAAGAAAUCUGCAAAACAGAAUUCUGGAGAUCCAGUCAAUAACAAUACAUCUACAUCAGAAAAUCAUAACCCAGGUAAUUUGCUAAACUUCAGUGAAAAUCGAAUAGAAUUAGUCAACCAUCCAGAAAUAAGUGUUACUUUAUCAAAUUUACAUGAAGAAAAGAUAGAAGAAGUAACAGAAAAUGAUAUUUCUACUCUUUCUCAACAAACUGAGCAGCCUGAUGCAAAUAUUUCUUCCACUGGCUCUAAAAAGAAGAAGAAGAAAAAGAAAAAAAAACACUCUGAAAAUAAGUUUCUGAAGAACCUGCAGCAACUGCUCCAACUUAUGAAAAAUUACCAGCAAAUGAUGAUUCAUGUGUUCUUGUUGUUAGUCACGAAAGUUUUUCCAAUGGUAGUAAAAUGAAACUUGAGGAAUUUGCAGAUAAAGUAAAAUUAUCACAAAAUGGGCUUGCUGAUGUGUUAAUUCAAAGGAAAGAAUCAACUGAAGAGGUUCAAAAUCAUGAAAAUCCCUUCUCCAAUUCAUCUGUACAAGUAGGCAGUUCUGUUAGUAUAUUUCCUGUACCUAACAUAAAUCAAGAAAAAUUAGAAGUAAAGACAGAUACCACUGAAUUGAGUGUGAAGCAUAUAAAUAACGUAAUAAAAGAAGAAAGUUAUGAAGUUAUUGCUAAUGAAAUCACUAUGCCAAAUGCAUCAGAUGAUACUGAUGAAUCUAAGCUUACAAAAGCUCAGUUGAAAGCUCAAAGACGGGCUAAGCAAGAAGCACAAAGAGCAGCAAAAUUAGCCAAGACUGCUGAAAAAAUUCAAUCAAGUACGCACACUCCUGCAUCUGAUAAAUGUCCAGCAAAUGUUAAAGAAUCGCCUUUACUUAAGCAAAGUCUUCCUGUAGCUACUGAACCAGUAGCAAGUAAAACUGCACCUAAAAGCACCAUUGAAACUUUUCGCAAAGUGCGAUUAUUUUCUCACCUUCCAGAAUGCAAACUUUUUGAUACAAUUUUGAAACCAAAUGAAUCGGUUUCUGAAAUACAUCCUUCUAUUUUAGAAAUUGGUUCACAGUAUAGUAAAGGCAUAAUUUGUGGAUCAAAUGCACGAUGUGUUGCACUUCUUGCAGCGCUUAGGGAUGUUAUUAAAGAUUAUAAAACUCCACCAAGUAAAAAUUUUUCUCGUGAUCUAGAAUCAAAAUUUCAGACUUAUUUAAAUUUUUUGAAUAACUGUCGACCUCUUUCUGUGAGCAUGGUUAAUGCAGUGAAAUUUUUAAAGCACCAGAUUAAUAAGAUUGAAUCUAAUGUGGAAGAAGAAGAGGCAAAAAAAAGUCUUUGUAAAUUCAUUAAUAAUUUUGUGACUGAAGAAAUUUUAUUAGCUAGAGAAGCAAUUGGAAAUUCUGCUUCUGCAAAAAUUGUUGAUGGAGAUGUCAUAUUAGUUUAUGCAUAUUCUUCUCUUAUCAGGGAAGUGCUGUGUAAAGCCCAUAACCAAAAUAAAAGAUUUAAGGUAGUAGUUGUUGAUUCACGGCCUAAACUAGAAGGUCUAGAAAUGUUACGCUGCUUGGUAGGAAAAGGAAUUUCUUGCUCAUAUAUAUCAAUUAGUGCUGUGUCUUACGUUAUGAAAGAAGUAUCUAAGGUAAUAACAGGAGCACAUGCACUUCUUGCAAAUGGAUGCGUAAUGGCUCGCUUGGGAUCUAAGCAGGUUGCAUUAGUUGCGUCUGCAUUUAGUGUUCCCGUGUUAGUAUGCUGUGAAACUUAUAAAUUUUGUGAACGUGUGCUUACAGAUUCAUUUGUACAUAAUGAAUUAGGUGAACCAAAUAAUUUAAUUAUUAAAAGCCUUGAUCAGAAAAAUUGUCUUAAAAGUUGGCAAGAUUUAUUAUCUUUACAAGUGCUGAAUUUGUUAUAUGAUGUCACUCCACCAGACUUAAUUUCGAUGGUAAUUACUGAAAAAGGAGUCCUUCCAUGCACAUCUGUGCCUGUUGUUUUAAGAGUGAGACAUGCUGGUCUCCAUGAAUAAUGUACAAUGUGAAAUGUUUCUGUUAAUGAUAAUUUCUUGGCAUAACUGAAUAGAUUAUAUUUAAAGUAUUAAUUGAAUGUAAAUUUAUCAAUUUACAAAAGAAUUGCCUUGCAUAUAUUUUGUUGUUAUUUAUUUGCUUUUUCCUUGUAGAAUCUUGAUUUUUGUUAGAUGUUUUAUUUCAGUGUAUUGCUUUGUAUAAAUUCUAUACUGCUUGAUAUUGAGGUAUAUGAACUGCAAAGAUUUUAUAGUUAAUACUGUGUAUCUUUCAUUUCUAAAAGAAAUUUGUCUUUUGGUGGAAACGAUCUUAAGCUACUCAAAUCUAAGAUAGCAUUUUGUGCUGUUUAAUAGUACUAUAAUGUAAGCUUAUUGUGUUUUAAAUUAAUUUUUUAAUAUUUUUGUGUAAGUAAUUUAUACAAGAGAUGAAAUUUUGCGAAAGAUAAAAAAUAGCAGAGUGUAUUUCAAGGAAAACUUAAACUGUCCAAACAAAUGGAUAUCAUCAAACGAGGUUUUGCAUUUAUAUUUAAUCAUUGUGGUUCCCUAAAAUUUAAAAAAAAAAUCUUGUACCAGAUAUUUAACUGCUGUAAAAUGAAAAUAUGUUUAAAAAAGGGAAAAUAUGAAUUUUUAAUAAUAAACAUUAUAUAAUUUUGAGUAAAAGAACUUCAUGUAUGUUUUGAUUCUGUAUCUUAUUUUUAUCACGCAUCUAAAAUCAUAAAAUCCUCCAGAAAAAAUUCAGGGUAGUCAUGCAGGCCAGUAAAUAGGACCACUACACCAAAAUCCGAAUUUUGUAUUUAAAUGCUCCCAAGCAUUAUGGUUGCAAUGAACUGGGGUCCUAUUGUACUGGAAUUGCAUGUCAUGGUACAGCAGAUCUGUUGGUUAUUCAACAGAAUGAGCAAGAUUUCCUCCAAAACAGUCAUAUAGCACCUAUUAAGUGGCCCCCAUGAUGCCAAACAAAAUAUUAACUGUCAAACAGCAUUGUGGAGCUCACAUUACACAUUUGUGUAACACCACCUGUAUAUGUGACUUAUAUGCAUUCCAUCCUAUGAUGUUUCUUAUCAGCAUGGAAGUUGUGCAGAAUCAGGAUCAGGAUGCAUUCUCUCAAAUCAUUGGGCAGAAUCAGGAUGCAUUCUCUCAAAAAAGUAUUGUGACGUACUUGUACAAAACUCCCACACACUUGUCAGCACCCACACAAAAAGCAGAUUAAUUUUUGGAGACUACAGUGAUCCCUUCCUGAUCCCCCUUUAGUGGUUGCUACCUUGACCUUGCAGAUUUGCCUAUAUUAGCCAUCGGUUUAUAAUUUUUUAAACAAGAUAUGUUUGAAAUUUGCUGUGUACAUGCAAAGAAUACUUCCAGCAUUCUUUGUACAAAAUUUGGUGCCACUUGCAUUCAUAAUGACAUUCUGUGUGCUUUGUAAUGCGAGUUUAAAAUAUUUUUUUAAAAAUUAAUGCUCUGCCACAUGUGAAAUGCAGUCAGUCACCCUACUGUUAAUAGCUGGAAGCAUGAAAACAGAUUGUUCAAGAAAAAUUCAAAAAACAUCUAGGACAAAUUGUACUCUAGUUGGCCAUACUGAUGAUUGAUACAACUGCUGAGACCCAAAUUCAUGCUAAUAGAAGAAUGACAUGGAGAAAUAAAAGCAUUCAGAGAGAAGGGAAAACAAGCAAGAAUAUCUGGCUACUGAAAAUUUUGCAUAAAUUUAUUUUACUGCGAAUUUUCAAUCUGCAAUGAGCACCUUGCAAGUGUGCAAACAAAUCCAAACGUACACAAGAUUUCCACUUGCAAAAGUGCAUUACCAUUCCUGUUGCUUCUUGAACAUAUCUCGUGAAUGUGUGUCAGCAGUUACUCUAUUAAAAAUUAACUAAGCUCUUCACUAUAAUAAAUACACACUAACUGUUCAGAUGCAUAAUCUUUCCCUUUCUGCCCACACUAAUCCAUAUUGAAAUGUCAAAAGUUUUGCAAUAAUAUGCAGGUUAUGAUAAAUACAAGAAUUUGAUUCUAGCUUUCAACUAUCAAAAAUUAUUGUAUCAAGCACUUUGGCAGAGUUGAUUCAAAUGAAAUAAAUCACACCAUAAGUAUUUCAUGGCUUUGCAAUUAAUAAAUUUAAAAGCAGGAGUUAAAUAAAACUUUUUAUAGUGACAUUUAAUUAUUUAUAACAUGAAAUUUUAUAAAGGCAAUUUUUAAUUAUAAAUUAUGUGUAAUACUUUUAAUAACAUGUCCGUAUAUAUAUUGUAUGUUAAUGUAUAGCAGGUUUUAUAUCACUUGUAUAAAAAAAACUCUUCUCAAAGGCUCCUUUAAACUACUUAUCUGUGGCCGUGAUACUUUGAAAAACCAUUUAGGAAUGUUUCUUUUUCAAAGAUUUGUUCUAAGCUAUUGAGUAUUUUUGACGGAUGUAACAUUAUUUGUAUUUUCUGAGCUUGCAUUUUUGUGACUUAUUACUUCAGGUACUGUAUUGCAAGUCUCUUUUUUUUUUUCCUGUAGUGUUAGAAUAAUGUCGCUAUCAUCAGAAACAUGGCCUGCGAGUAAUUAGUCAUCAAAGACAAAUUCAUCAUUACUGCUACCUUGAAAUAAUCUGUUCUUGAUUUCUUUAUAAAGGGUGGCCACAAAAUUGUUAUCACCUAACAUAAAUAGGAUAAUUUAAAGAGAGGUUGAGUGAUACUUUUUGUAUACUGUACAUGUUAUUAUUAGAAGUCUUUUUUUUAACACAUAUACUGUGACAUUACCAACAUGGUUUACUUUAUUUUUUCGUUCUCUUUCUGGCAUCAUAUCUUGAGAAUUUGGGUGAUGGGGAGUAGUGAAUGUCUGUGUUUAUGAUGUAAAAUGCAGAUAUAUUAGUGACCUUAAUAAUUAAGUUAUCAAUAUGAUUCAUUCAGUGGUGGUAAUCAUUAUAUGUCACAAUAUUCUAGAGAGUAUAUCCAGUGUAUGUGAAUGCAUGUGUUUGUCAAGAAACAUGGGGACUGGACUGAAGCUGUUUAAUAAUUCAUAUGAAGUUAUCUAUAUCUGAGUGAGAGAUAGAUCUUUUAUCAUUGCAAUAUGUAUCUGUAUAUAUGUAACUUAAAUUAAUAUCCAAUUUAGCAGUAACCCACCCUGUAUAUAAAUUUAUAGUCUUGCAAGAGGUUCCUUACUGAAGUAUUAAACACCUUGAAGAAAUUUUCUUUGAAGUGUUUAUUUUCACUUUGCAAUUAAGUUCAUAUGUGUUAAAUUAACAAUGUUGCCAAAUAAUGAUGAAAAAAAAGGUAUUUCAAUAAUUUAUAAAUACAGGUGCUCUCCGCUGUGUGAACUUUCGGAAAUGUAAACACGUUUUGAGAAAACCAAGACACAAAUUCUGAUAGAUUUGUUGAAAUAAAGUUUACUGUGUGCAGUGUCA